AUGGGGGGCAAGCGUCCAUCGUCUGCCAAGGCUCAGUCGGCGUGCAAGGCCUUGAAAGGUCACCCUGCUGUUGCCACUCCGAGGCCGCCUAUUCGCAAGAAGAGCUUCGGGCCCGUGGGUCUUGCCGAGUCGCCUCCAUCUUCUGCGGCGGCGUCUUCGGCACACUCUGGUGGCAGCCCGCCCAAGGCUCUAACUUGCAGGACCAACCUCUGCAAGGCCGCGUGGUCCCCAGGCUCUCCAUGGGGCGCCUGGGCGGAGGUUCGUCACCCCAACGGCAAGGUCGACAUCAUCCCGACUGGCGAUCGCUGUGACAAGUGCCACCCUGUCUGGCUCGCCCACGAGAUGAAGGGAACGUGGGAGCAGGUCGCCACAGAGGUCAACGGGAGCGAGCAGAAGGGGAAGGAGUGGAUGCAGUCGAGGAAGUACGGCGACGAUUCUGAGGAGGCGGUCAAGCCUUUCUUCCCCGCCCACGUAAACGUCGAGCGUCGUGGCGGGUGUCUCGUCCAGGUGAAGUACCGUGGCCUCACGCCAGCGGAGUUCCUCGCUCAUUUCAAAACGCCCGUCGAGGAUGCCCAAAUCAAGAUGGCCCUCCUCCUGGACAUGAGGGGCAAUUGGUUCCAGGGGGUCGCCGUGGCUGACGACGGCACGAUCCCCAAGGGGGUAGGCACGGUGUAUAAGUGGUACUACGACACGUCCGUGCUUCUCAGCGAGUCCACGAUGACGCCAUCAUCACAGCUGCGCGAAGGGCAAGGUGCCGACACCUUCGAGUUUUUCACCAGACCCGCGAAGCCAGGCGGGAAGGAGGACCCAAUGGUGAAGACGCUCAGGCUGUCGGCGUGGGAGACCUCCGACAUUCAUGCUCGACUCCAGGCUCUCAGAGACGGACAGGCUCUGGCUGCAGAAGAAGAAAAGCCUGCAGAAGAUGAACCCCAUGAGGUCGUGGGCAUCGCCGCUGGCCCGUCGAUCCACGGUGGAGACCAUGCGACGGCAUCACCGAAGAGACGAGUCCGUGACAAAGGUUCAGUUGUCUCCGCCAGGACCACCGUCGAGGCCAACAGGGGCCCGUCCUCUCCGACCACGCAGAAGAUCAAUUCGAUUGUCAUCGAGGAUUUGAUUGGGGGACAAAACAAGAGCCACAAACUUCGACGUUUCAAGGAAUGCUUCGAGGGGAUGAGGGUCACCGCCCAGACAUUGCCUGACGCCGAGAAGGAGCAAUUUCUGGAGAAGGCGAAGAGAAUGUCAGAUGCCUACGAGGUGUUCACCACUGCAGUGUCCUUCACCGCCUCCAGCAACAUCGCCGCGUGGGACGGCUCGAAGUACGAGGAGAGCGUCAAGAUGAUGGUUUCUUUGGGCGUCAGCUUCACAGUUGACCAGGAGAAGAUGAUGGUUCAACGGGCUGCGAAUAAGGCCCUCUCGUCUUUGUCGAUUUCUUCGCCCAUGGAAUCGUGGAAGGUUGCCUACGGCAUCAUCAAGCCAGACUGUCCCAUCGACGUUGUGGAGUUCGACCCCUUGGAGCCACGCGUAUGUUCCCUCAACGCGUCUGCGAAGGAGUGCGUCAAGUUCUCAGCGAGGCUUUUGGUCAACCACGUGCUUGCGCCAGUUCUGGAGGGCAUCACUUUCGAGACAACUGCCGCCACGCAGACUUGGUUGACGGAGAUGGCCAAGCUGGUUGUCGAGACCGAGGAGGACGCCGACGAGGAGUGCCAGGGCUUGGCGAUCGAUGCUGGGGUUGCCAUGAGGGGUAUCUUGCACUUGCUGACUCCAGACAACUUAGACGCAUUCGACGACUUCAUGGAGCUCGACGUCCUUCAGCACCCGAAGAAGGAGGAGAGCUCGUCCGCCGAUGCCCCCGAACCUGCUGACGAACCUUUACACGCGCAGAUCAUGGGCUUGCUCCUCAAGUCCGCGUUCUUCAAGCCCCUGGUUGUCGAUGUGCGCCGCGUGGCAACGACGCACAAGGAGGCGAUGGGGGAGAUGGCGAACUUCGUGGACCACCUGGGGGACCUAGAUGCGGAGGGGAAGCGUGCAGCGGUCGCCACGGCCGCAGCUCAGCUAAGCGAUUGGCGGAGGCGCGCGCGGUGGCAGGCCGUUUCCCUUGCGUCUCAGCCGAUGGCUCACAUCGUGGACGAGUACGUUGACGAGCUUCUGAAGAGGGACUUCUUGCAUGAGUCUGAUGUCAUGAAGGCUCUCGCAGCAGCGAAGGACGGGGGCGCCUGGAUGACGAAGGUCACGGAGGAUGGCCAGCUGGUGGAACGUAAGGCAUCAUGGGCGGAUGCCAUCGUUCGUUGCCGCGAGCUCCUGCCUCAGUUGUCUUCGAAGUUGAGCAUUGGCAGCUUGGCGGAGGAGCUGAAGACCAGGGACGGUGCGUCAGCGAUGGUCGAUCCUUCGGUUCGCGCUCGCCUGUUCGACUUGAUCUCAACUGCCGUCGCCACGUCGUCGGAGGACAUUCUGUCGAGCCUCACGGACCAUUGCGAGCGGAUCUUGCGGGAGGCCAUCGCCCAUUUGUUCAAGCACACCUCUGAGACUAAGUUGUUUGGCGAUAACCUGCCCUUGCUGAGGGAAGUCCUUAUGUGCAUUUCCCGCGACACGCAGGACGUGCACGCGAUUGCGAUGGAUAUCGUCACAGAGAUCCAUGCUCUGAACCACCUCGCAGACACGGCGCCCACUUCUGCGAGUUCGGAUGAGCGUUGUUUGGAAUCGUUGGCGAUUCUCUACAGUUCGUGGCGGCGCAUCAACUCCUUGAUCGAGCAGUCCGAGAAGUCUGAGUCUGCCUACAGCAUGGACGGCCCUCGGGAGUUCACGAACAGGGCGACGAACAUCGUGGAGGACGGCAUCCAGGAGCACAUGACAGAGUACCAGGCGGCCAUCGAGGCAGCGUUGAGGAAGCCGUACGCGGAGACGUUGGACGCCAAGCCGAUGUCUUCAGUCGCGGGGGGCUCCAGGGACGGCGAAGCGUGGAGCGCGAGCUUGAAGCCCAACGCGACCUUCGAGCAGGUGAAGAAGGUUGCGACGUCGACCUUGGUUUCGCUCAACACGACCGCCUUCUCGACCGCCACGGAUGCAAUCGAGAAGCAGUUGCAGGAGGUUCGCGGCUUUGUGGAGCGCUUCGGGGUGGGGGCCUCCGGGAACCAGUGGAUCAGCGCCCUCGAGGCGGCGGUCUUGCGCGCCAGGAUCACCAGGCGCGAAUGCGCCAUCGUCCAGGUCUUGGUCUUCAAUGCCUCCAACAAAAUCCAGCUCAAGACGAAGAUCGGCGCCGAGAAGCGCAAGGCCAACUCUGAGGGGCUCUCGAGUCAUAUCCACCCCGCACUGGUUGCGCUCAUUGGUCGCGCGGAGGCUGGGCAGUCGCUCGGGUGA